AAAUCUGAUCUAAACAACGAACAGACUUGCUAGUGCAGCUUUAUGACCAAAUGGCUAAUUCAUUCCUCUUCUUCGUACUCUUGAUAUUCUCUUCCAAUAUCAUAUUUGAAAACAUUUAUGCUUGCAACCAAACUGAACGUAACUCUCUACUGUUCUUAGCUCUCACUCUGUCUUCUCCUCAGUUGAAUUGGACUUCCGCUGAUUGUUGCAAUUGGGAAGGCAUUACUUGUAAUCGAGAUGGUUGGGUCACCCAUUUGCAGUUACCCUCCAAAGGGCUCAAACUAAAAGGAGGUAUUUUCCCCUCAUCAUCACUUGCAAAUCUCACACAUCUCACUCACUUGAAUCUCUCCCACAAUUCACUCUCUGGUUCUCUAGAUCAAACUGAAUUCUUCUUGUCCUUGAAUGAUCUCGAAAUCCUAGAUUUGAGCUAUAACCUUCUUUUUGGAGUGUUACCAUCUUCUCUACCAUCCAGUCAUAUUCGGAUGGUGGAUCUUUCCAGCAAUCGUUUACAUGGUGCAGUUUCAUCUUCUUUUUUCCAACAAGCUUGGAAUUUGACUAGUUUCAAUGUCAGUAACAACACCAUUUCAGGUCCUAUCCCAUCCUCUAUUUGUCGUCCUUGUUCUUCCUCAUUACGACACCUUGAUUUUUCCUUCAAUAAUUUCAAUGGUAGUAUAUCUUCUGGAUGGGGGAAGUGUUCCAAACUGCAGGUCUUCCGUGCUGGUCACAAUUCCCUGUCAGGAUCGCUUCCAGAAGACAUGUUUAAUUCUUCCACUCUUGAAGAGAUUUCACUACCUCUGAAUUCAUUGAAUGGAGCAAUAAGUGACGGAAUUGCCAACCUCACCAACCUCACAACCCUUGACCUCUCCAAUAAUCAAUUGAGUGGUGUGCUCCCACUCCAUCUUGGGAAGCUCUCCAAGUUGAAAUACAUACUCCUUGAUUUCAACUAUCUGGAAGGUUCAUUGCCCCUAUCUCUAAUGAAUUGCACAAACCUCGUUGAACUACGUAUGGGAAGCAACAACUUGGGAGGUGAUAUCUCCCUGCUCAAUUUUUCCAAACUUAGCAAACUUAGUAAACUUGGCUUGCGGAAAAAUAACUUCUCUGGUAUCUUGCCGAGAAGCAUCUACUCGUGCAAGUUCUUGAAAGCAAUUCAAGUGAAUUACAAUAAUCUAGAGGUUCAAAUACAGCCUGAAAUUCUUUCAUUGAAAUCCCUGUCCUUCCUCGCACUUGGUUGGAACAAAGGUUUGACCAAUGUGACAGGGGCAAUGAAGAUACUGAUGGGUUGCAAACGUCUCGUAUUCCUUUCCUUGGCAUCUAGUUUUUUAGGUGAGGAAAUGCCGAAUGGUGUUGAAAUGGCGGAUUUUAAUGGAUUUCAAAAUCUUCGACAUUUAGAUUUGAGUUCAUGUAACCUUAGUGGUAUAAUUCCCUCAUGGCUUUCGAAGCUGAAAAUGUUACAGGUCUUGGAUCUGAGUGGCAACAGAAUCACAGGCUCAAUUCCAAGUUGGCUGGGGACUCUUCCAAGGCUGCAAACUUUAAUACUGGACUUCAACCAACUUUCUGGAGAAUUUCCAAAGGAAUUGUGCACACUACCUAUGUUAGUAUCUGGACAAGCUGCAGCUCAAGUAGGUCGUUUUUAUCUUGAACUGCCUGUCUACUUCCAACCUAGUGCUGAUGCAGUCACAAAACAGUACAAUUAUUUAUUUUUUGUCCCAGUUAUAUACCUAAGUCACAAUUGCCUUAGUGGGAAUAUACCUAUUGAGAUUGGCCAAUUGCAGCUUCUCCAAGAGCUUGAUCUUAGUGCUAACAACUUCUCCGGCAACAUUCCAGACCAGAUAUCUAACCUAAAGUACAUGGAGAGACUGGAUCUCUCCAUGAACCAUUUGUCUGGAAAGAUCCCGGCAUCACUCACAGGUCUUAAUUUCUUAUCAAGUUUCAAUGUCUCGUACAAUAAUCUUGGAGGACCAAUACCAUCAAGCACUCAACUCCAAAGUUUCAAUGCUUCUGCAUUUGAGGGGAAUCAACUUUGUGGUGCCCCACUUCCAAAUAAGUGUCAGACAACAGAGGGUGCUGAUGCACCUGAUAUGAGCACCCAAGAUGCAGACACCGAGGAGCAUCAAAUUCCAUGGUUUUAUGUUUCUGUUGCACUUGGGUUCAUUACAGGAUUUUGGGGAGUCUGUGGAACCUUAGUGCUCAUGAGAAAGUGGAGGUAUGCAUAUUACCAUUUCCUAGACAAUGUACAAGACAGAUUCCAUGUGAUGAUAGCAAAGUGUAUGGCAAGCAUGAGGAGAACGUUUGUUUAGAAGUUAUAUAGUAGACAUAGUACUCUACUACUCUUAUUGUAAUAAUCAUAAUAAAAAACUUCCCACAAAUUUUCAUUGACAAGCGUGAAAUUUUCACAUAUAUUACUUAUAAUUCAUACGGUGUAGAUCAGUGCCUGUAGUUGGCACACAGAGGAAAUAAUAUUGUUAUUUCUUUUUGUGGCAACAAGAAAUUCAUAUGCACAUAUAUUUGCUUCUGUAGGCCACUUGUGUGGAGAGAACUUGAGAGCAACAAGCAUAAAAUUCUUGCAACAGAUAGAAACAUAUGCACACUUUAUUCUUCUUCCAAUGCCAACUCCAUUUUAGUUAUUUCUAC